AUGGCUCAAACUCAAGCGACCGAGCCAGAUCCCGCAGCGGCCGCCGAGGCAGCUCAUUACUGGGGCUUUCUGCUUAAGCCUGACAAGACGCCUAGCAAGCUCCUCGACGCGUUGCUUCGAGGCGUCACAAACCAUAUCUCCACCGAGAUUGAGCCAAAGGAGAGCACACAACUCACACCGAUAAAGCUCGCAGCAUUCUAUAGAUCGGUGGGCGGCAAUUACGACAGCUUAUUUCUUGACACGCCGUACUGGCCUCUAUCACACAUCUAUCAGUACUUGGGCUGCGCUCACUCAUUAUUACCAACACCGGGCGACGACUUUGCUCCUCCUUCUAUCCCGGCAUUAGAAACGAGAGGUUUUGUACGAUGGCAGACCAUCCAGAUCCUCUUAGGCCCCGAAGAGCACGUGCCUUACCUCCAGGAAGCUCUUCAAAAGUUCAACAUUGUCAACCCGGAUGAUGGCAGCCUCUUUCCCAAGAUACUGCCGAAAGAGGCCUUUCCCUUGUAUGCCGAUGAGGAGAUGCUACGAUGGCAUGAAGGCGCUACUCAACGACUCAAGUCCGAUGCUCUGAUCGAACAAGCCCAAAACCAUGCUCGAACGCCAGAUGCAAAUGGGCCACGACCUGGAUCUCGUGACUCAGCGCGAACAGACGUAGCAGACGACUACUUCUCCAGCCCUCAUUCUCACCAUGAACCAGCUCGACCCCGAAGCUCACGGACGGCAUCAUCACGGAGCCACUCUUCCCGUCGCCGAGCAGCCGACGAGCGUGGUCCCACCGAGCCGGCUACUUACGUUUACUCUACCAGACCACGAGCAGGUCCGGGAGGAAGCUUUUCUUCAGACCGUCAUGUCCCUGAUACCCAUGAACCCUACCACGGCGGGGGGAAUGGAUAUGACGCCUCCCCUUCUUCCUCUUCUGCUGCUGCUGCCGCCGCCGCCGCCGCCACCGCCGAACUUCACACAAAUUAUUCCCGCCGCCAUCGACCCAGUUCUCGCUCCCACUCCCACUCCCACUCCCGCCGACACAGCGGAAGUCGUACGCGACGGCAUCGCAAACCAAGCAUCAGCCCAUCUAUCUCCAGCGACUCCCUAGACGACCUUGACUCUGACGGCGAGCGAAUCCCCGUCCGCCCUCGGCAAAACAACAUGCAGCCUCCUCCCCCACUUCGCCACCAUCGCAGCCACGAGCUCGACAGGGACGAACUACGCGGCGGGCCCUUCGUAGGCGUCACCCCCCACCCACGGCGCUUUUCCGAACAGCCCCCCUUUCAGCAUUACCAAGCAUACGCCGCGCAUCACGCGCCGCAAGCGCCGUCCCCACCGCCUCCUGGACCAGCCGUCUUCGUGCGUGCCCCAACAAUGCAAGCAUCCCAAGCCUAUUACAUGCCACGUCGCGCCUCUGGAUCCUCGGGAACUUCCCCAGCGGGACCAUCCGGUUUUGCUAAACCAGAAUAUGCUAGAGUCCCUGGGUCUAUUCGCUGGAGAAACGUAGAUGGCCUGUUUGACCUCCCCCCGAGCCCGGCCGGUGCUGUUCCUCCUCCUGGUUCUCAUCCUUCUUAUCCUGGUUUUCGGCGCGUCCCCAGUCGGUCAGUCGAUGGAGAUCGUCCACGUGUCAGACGAUUCGUGAGCCCGAUCGUGGGCGUGGACGGCCGAAGAUACCCUGCUUAUGAGUCUCUGCGUUGA